GAUGUGUGACUCUCCCUGGGUGGCCCUGGAAGCACUAGGGCAGGAGUGACCUCAGAGACCUGUGAGUGGAGCAACUUUGUCAAAAUUAGGUCACCCUGGUCCCUGGCCCUGCUGCCUGCUGAUAAUGGGAAGGGAGAAUAAAGGGUUAAUUGCCUCCUCUUAUGUUUAUGGGGGCAUAGGUUCACAGAGUGCCCAGGAGGCUAAAGUUCCUGUUCCUGCCUUACCCAAAAGACUUAGGGCAAGCCCCCAGCCUUCUCAGACCUUCCACCUGGAGCUGGAGCUCUGCUCACGGUCUCCAGCGGGAGAACCCCGCCCCCUCCCUCAGAGCGAGGGUCCCAAGGGAGCCUCGAAGCCUGGAAGCGGCCCCCCACCACGGCAGAGCGAGGCCCAGCAGCCGCCAGCUGUUGGGGGACAGAUGUUGGGGGAGCUGAGAGGGGGGCUGGGGGAGGGGCCUUGGGCCGGGACCUCCGAGGCAGGGCCGUUUUAACCUCUUAAUUGCUGGUUCUGUUUUUCCAGCUUUUCCAAAGGGUUUGCAUAGAAGGGAAGGAGCCGAGAGAAUAGGAAGGGUUCGCCCUCCAACCCAUCAUGUUCACUUCAUAAGGUCUCUCUAAGGCCAUCAAGUGAGCGUCUUAAACCUAAAAUAGUGAACUCCAGUUUGAUUUUCAGCCCCUCCGCUCAAUAGCUUUCCGAUUCGGGACCAAGUGCGCCCGGUGUGGCCGACAGAUCUAUGCCAGCGACUGGGUGCGGCGGGCGCGCGGCAACGCCUACCAUCUGGCCUGCUUCGCCUGCUUCUCCUGCAAGCGCCAGCUGUCCACGGGCGAGGAGUUCGGCCUGGUGGAGGAGAAGGUGUUGUGCCGCAUCCACUACGACACCAUGAUCGAGAACCUCAAGAGGGCCGCGGAGAACGGGAAUGGCCUCACUUUGGAGGGGGCAGUGCCCUCUGAACAGGACAGUCAGCCCAAGCCGGCCAAGCGCGCGCGGACGUCCUUCACCGCCGAACAGCUGCAGGUUAUGCAGGCGCAGUUCGCGCAGGACAACAACCCCGACGCACAGACGCUGCAGAAGCUGGCAGACAUGACGGGCCUCAGCCGGAGAGUCAUCCAGGUGUGGUUUCAAAACUGCCGGGCGCGUCAUAAAAAGCACACGCCGCAGCACCCAGUGCCGCCCUCAGGGGCGCCCCCGUCCCGCCUCCCCUCAGCCCUGUCCGACGACAUCCACUACUCCCCGUUCAGCAGCCCGGAGCGGGCGCGCAUGGUCACCCUGCACGGCUACAUUGAGAGUCAGGUACAGUGCGGGCAGGUGCAUUGCCGGCUGCCUUACACCGCACCCCCCGUCCACCUCAAAGCCGAUAUGGAUGGGCCGCUUUCCAACCGGGGUGAGAAGGUCAUCCUUUUUCAGUACUGACGCUGCCGGCGCUUCCACCUCUGUCCGUGGGCACCCCACAGCUGCCCCUCAGCCGCUGAGAUCCAGUGUCCAGGCUGCGGCCAGGGAUCCACCCGCCUCUGCAUCCACCCCCGUCCGCCAUCCUGCCCACCACCAGCUCAGCCCUCCAGGCCCAGCCCUUCCCUCUCCUGCUGAGAACCCAGGAGCACCACUGAGUCCUCCUCUUAGAAGGCAGAACUCCCUGAAAUUUGGAAUCAGGGUGAAAACAACAGCCUAUUUUUUCCAUUUAAACAGAAGUCAUCUUCAGCUUAAGCUGAUAACAAUAGCAAAAGGCAGAAUUGAACUGUGAAAUGCCAACAGCCUUCUGAUUUACAGGUUUUCUUUCCCCCAUAUUGGCCUUUAUUUACUACUUUCUUGGAACCAUCUCUGAAUUCUGAAUAGCUGACAACCCCCAAUGUUAUCCACUCUGUUGCUUUUGUCUGGAAAACUCUACAGUGUUUGUGGGAUGUCCCCAAAGGAAAGCUAUGUUCUAAUUUUAUCAUUUCCAUCUGUCUGGUUAUGUCAAGUUAAUUCAGAAAGAGAAGAGACACUGACCAACCCUGAGAGGCCCAACAGGGCAGAGAUGGAGACCUACCCAGACCAAGAAGCAGAGGCUUAGGGGUGCGGGGGGAGACAAAGACCUCCCUGGUCUGGGGAUCAAGGAAAGGAAUGUGGCACACUAGACUGAGAGUGAUACUAGUCAUUCUAAGGAGAGGAAAGAGAAAACUUGGGGUGGGGAUAGACCCUGCCUCCCAUUAUUAUCUAGCAUGUAAGCAGGGAACAUAGCAGAGAUGGAAUUUGAUCUGUGCAAUGACUCUUCUGAAUGUUGGGGCAGUUAGAGUAGGGGAUCCUUGUUGGCUACUUCUUGAGAGGGUCUAGGCCAGGUCUUCUCUGGAAGGGGCAUCAUUUACUGGGGGCCAGGAAGAGACCAGUGAAAUGGCAGUCCAAAUUUUAACUCAGGAUCUAUCUCUGGGUAGAAUGAGGGUGCCCAUUACCUAGGUGAGUGCCAACCCCAGGCACCUCUGGGCUUCCCAAGCCAGCCUUGCCCAAGCCAGUUCUACCUACUCCUGAGAACAGAAGCCAGACACAGCCACGUUCACAUUCACCCCAUACUGUUAGAAUUCUUCCACCCCAAACAAAAGGGCUCAGGCUACGCAUAACCAAGAUUUAUGUUUUGCACCCAUUUGUCCCAAGCUUAUCCUGUAAUUCCAGAACUACUUGGUGUCCUGGUGCAUUUUCCACUAGAGGUUGCUAGUAAGCAUGUUUUAGCUCAAGUCCUCCUUCCUGCCGCGGUUAACCUGUUCUCUUGCUUUCAGAAGGAGACUCUAGGACAGGGAAAGCAAGUUCAUGGUACAUAUACAGCUGUUGUCCCUGUUUUUACCUAUGGCAGACAUUGCUAACCCAUGGCAGCUCUAUUUCACCAAGUCUGGAUGAAGUUUCAGAAUCCAGAUGCUUGAAGUUGACACUUAAAAUGAAAAUGUAUAUGUCAUUCUUGUUCUGGGACCUGGAGGAGGGACAACCACAAGUGCAGCCCCAAAAGGGCAUCUGCUUCCUCUCCCUUCCAAAGAUGGUUACAGCUGACUAAGGGCAAAGAGAAGGCACCACUCAGAAUGUGGUGAGUACAGCUCAGUUCAGAACUCAUCUGGUGGUAAUGUGCCCAGCCCUGUGCAAGGUGCUGGCAUUAAUAGGAGUGGCCGCGCCCACUCCCUGGCCUUGGGGAGUGCACCUCCUUCUUUUGACUGUUGCUUCUGAUGAUCAAAGCCCAAUGGCAACCACGUGGCAAGUGGCCAGCCUAGCCCUACCCAUGGCCACCAAUACCCACUCUGCCUUGAGUCUCCUCCCAGGGUCUAUUCCUUGUGUGGAUCACAUGGCCGUAGCAUGUUACAGUUCAAACAUGUCUCCACUAUCGUAUAAAGAGCAGCCUGGGAAUGUACAGGCCAUCAAGACUAUUUAUUUAAAUACAAAACAAAAAAGGGGAAAAACACACACGGAAAAAAAUUGUAAGCACUUUUUUGUAAAACCAAUGUCUGUUUUGUUACAUACCUUUCAUGUCGUGCUUUGUAAAUGUCUUAUUUGUGUAAUAAAGUUAAUGCAAGUAGAAGUGCUGGCACUUACAUCUGGAAC